UUCUCCUCCCUUCUUCUCUUCUUCAACAUAUUCAAUCUUUCCUUUCUUCUCUAUUUUUCAUUAUCUUCCAUUGCUUUGAUUCCGAUUUGCUACACUUUCUUUCCCUUUUCUUUUUCUCCACAAAAUCAGAGUCUUAGACUUCCCUAUUCAUCCUCCGUGAUUAAAUUUUUCUGGGUUUAAUUCGUUUUUAUGAUCGGAAACGUUUCUUUGUGAAAAUCCAAAGUGCGGGAAGAGAAGGGGAGGCGAAAAAAAAAAGGACUUUGAAAUUUGGGUCGUAUUUAUUUUCUCAUCUGAUACUUUCCUCCGUUUUCUCGGUGACCAAACGGAGGAGAAGAUAGUUGUGGAAAAUGCUGGGUACUGCACUGCAAUUUGGGGGUGUUCGUGGUGAGGAUCGGUUUUACAUUCCGGUGAAGGCAAGGAAGAGCCAGAACCAGCGUAAACAAGCUCAGAGAGCCAAGAAUGGCGAAGCUGAAAACACAGAUUUAACUUCAAAGAGCAAAAUUGAUGCUUCUGAGAAUAACAAUCUCAACCAAUCAUUGCACUUGUCAACAAAACCAACUCUUUCUCAAUCUGUAGAGCCUGUUAGUAAUAUUGAUAGGUUCUUGGACUCUACAACACCAUUAGUCCCGGCUCAGUAUUUCUCCAAGACAACAAUGAGAGGUUGGAAGACCUGUGAUGUGGAGUAUCAGUCAUACUUCACACUGAACGAUCUCUGGGAAUCGUUUAAGGAGUGGAGUGCAUAUGGAGCUGGAGUCCCGUUGCUACUUGGUCAGAGUGAAUCUGUUGUUCAAUAUUAUGUUCCGUAUUUGUCAGCUAUUCAACUAUAUGGUCAAUCUUCUGAGAAGUCAAGUGCAAAGCCAAGGUACACCGGUGAAGAUAUUGAUGGUGAUUACUACAGAGAUUCAUGUAGUGAAGGAAGCAGUGAUUAUGAAUACGGAAAGAGGACUGACCGUUUUAUGGUGCAUCGAAAUAGUCAAUAUCUAACAGGUGGUGUCUCAUUUCAAAUGAGGACUCUGUCUAUACAUGAGACUGGGAAGGUGCAAGAAGGUUUUUCUAGUGAUGACAGUGAAACUGGAAAUCCUCAAGAUUUGCUUUUUGAGUAUUUCGCACAUGAUCCUCCUUAUAGUCGCGAACCAUUAUCUGACAAGAUACUAGAUCUUGCACGGCACUAUCCUGCCCUCAAAUCAUUGAGGAGUUGUGAUUUAUUGCCAGUCAGUUGGAUGUCUGUGGCAUGGUAUCCUAUAUAUCGAAUACCCACAGGUCCAACAUUAAAAGAUUUAGAUGCAUGCUUCCUAACAUACCAUACACUCCAUACACCCUUGACAGGAAGUGGUCGUACUCAUGCUCCAACAGUGGUUUAUCCCAGUGAGAUGGAUGGCGUCCCAAAGAUUUCUAUACCUACUUUUGCAAUGGCUUCCUAUAAGUUAAAGGGAUCUAUUUGGACGAAAAAAGGAGUUAGCGAGUCUCAACUAGUGAAUUCCCUCUUGCAGGCUGCCGAUAACUGGUUAAGGCUAGUUCAAGUGAAUCACCCGGAUUUUCAGUUCUUUAAAUCACAUGGUACAUACCAUAGAUAAACUGAAUGAGACAUGUCAUUCCAUCAUCUUGGUUAAAACUAAGCCUUGAUUUCUGCGUUCAUUGCUUGGUGCAAACUUGAUAGAAGUCCAUCCAUCUGUAGAGAUUGUGAUGACACGAGGACUUCCUUAGUGUGGUUUCUUGUUUUAUGGCUAAGCAGCACGACAGAUGAAGUUGAUCUCAAGCAAUGAAUUCAUAGAGAUUGCUAAAGUGAAAAGGGAAAAUGAAAGAAAAAGUUAUUUUGCAUGUGGGGCAAAACUAUCAGAGGAGUGGAAGGUCCUUGUGAAAUGGGAGAAAAACUAAAUACAAAACAAAAGUGGAAUAUGGAAAACAAGUUCACAGAACGGAUAUGUGGAAUUAAGGCAGACUGUCCUUUUAAGUUGAAUAAUGGCUGAGAUCCCUUUAAUUUCUAGAGAUAGAUAUUUACAGAUGUGAUUUGGAAGAAAAUGGGCGAAACACUCAGAUUUUGCUGUGUUGUGAGGUCAAUUUUGGCACUAUAUUUGAUGAACAUGUUGCUCUGUUGAGAGGAGAGGAUAGAGGAUACGGUAGUGUACAAUAUUUUGCAGUUUUAAAAAAGCUUUACACUCUUAAGACGCUAAUUGUUUGUUAUACCAUAGUUAGUGGGGUAGACGUACGUUGUUCUUGUACUCCUAAGAUGUUAAUAAUUAGCUCGAUGA